AUGUCGUUUGUGACGCGCUACCAGCUGUGUGUCCGAGCCCCAGAAUUCGACCUCGCGGGAUUUGACGUCAGGAAGCGCUCAUUGCAUUCGGUAAAAUGUUUCCGGGAGCGCUGUCGACAGUUCUUGGAACAGAAAGCUUUGUUCGAACGAAAUGAAGACGGCAAAGGCCUUACUCAUGACUCGGAAGUUGAAUACCAGGAAUCUCAAGAGCCAAAUUGUGUCACGUCAUCUGAAAUCGAGAAUAAAAGCAAAGAUAAAUCAGUGCCACCGAAAGCCAGUGAUGUUUCACGCGAUGAUCAACUAGAAGCCUUGGGGAAUUGCAGGAGCAUUGAUGAAGAUGUGGAAGAGGGAAACAGUCUUGUUGCUUUCUUUGAGAAAAAUCGACUGGAAGCCACAUACAUAUGUACCCUGUCGAACAAUAGCAGAGACUCUGCUAAGUCGGUCAGUCUUUGCGAUGAAAGUCAAGUGCGUGUAAAGGACUUUACACCAGAUACUAUUCUUGACAUUAACGGUCUUCCUGAUUCUGAUGCAGAAUCAACAUCUCACAGUGACUUAUUUAAUAUAAAUGCAAAUUUAUCCGAAAGUGAUGUUUCGUCAUCAGUCUGCAGUGACGUCACAUUAAUUGACGAUAUAAAACCACCUGUACCCGUCUCGCCUGCUGCGCCCGUUGCUAUAAAUGGAAUGCGAACAAAAACUGUCAAACUACGGGACGUGAAUCUGAAGCUUGUCAUCUUAGACGUGGCUGGCGGCCAGAAGGUGAUCAAAUGCCCCGAGUGCGACUUUGUGUGCACGUCAAUCGACAAGUACGUUCCCCACCUUCGCGCUCACAUGAAAUCGAAGAACACGUGCUUCCUGUGCGGUAAGGUGUUCAGCCGCUCGUGGCUGCUGAAGGGUCAUAUGAGAACUCACACGGGCGAGAAACCGUUCCCCUGCCCCCACGGGGCUUGCAGGAAGGCCUUCGCAGAUAAGUCCAACCUGCGUUCCCAUCUGCUAACGCACUCCGUGACGGAAAAGUCGCACCGCUGCGAGAAGUGUGGGCGAAACUUUGCUCAGAAGCGUUACCUUCACAAGCACAACUUGGAGGUCUGCAGAGUCGGACUGGAGCCUCUUCCUGGAACAAGUUUGACGGCAGAAAAUUAG